AUGGGAAGGCCCUGUACCAACUUGCUCGCCCAGGCCUCCGCGAGGCUAGUGUUCCCAGUCUUCAAGGAGGUGACUCUGACGGGUCCUCGCCUUGACGAGGACGCCCUGCUGGGCCUUGGCAUUCUUCAGGUGAUCACCAAGCACUGGUUCGAAGGCCGCUUUCCAGUCGAGAUGUGGUCCUUCUGGAUCUAUCCGCUCCGGGCCUGCAACAACGCCGGCUUGAUCUGCAUGUUGAUGUUCUUCAUCUUGAGCGGCCACACAGCGGCCGGAGUUACGAAAUGGACAGCCCGCCUCGAGCGGUGGCUGGGCUUGUACAUGCUGAUGACGCUUACAGCUCUCCCCGCAUUUCAGACGGAUUCCAUGCGCAUUGACUGGUUCUUCCUCUGGCUUCUAGCUGCUGAGAUUAUGGCGGUCGGCAUCUCUGCAGCAUCAAAGUUAUUGCCGACGUCGUCUCAGUCACAGCAGAUCCUGUCAGCCGCCGUCCUCGUCUUUGCGCUGAUCGCCGCCGCAGCGUGGACAGCCGACCACAGCCACCUCGACUCCAGGUACUUCGAGAUUGCGACUGGCUGGGGCUGUAGCCCCAAGUUGAGACUAACCGACUCUUGGUGCAACUUGCUUUUUGGCAACAUCGACUUGAAGUUUGGUACUUGGCGUGGCGGGCAGCUUUGCCUCUGGGCCGCGGGGUUCGGUCUCGGCUUUUUCGCGCUCCCUCGGCUCAGCCAGGAGCUUUGGGCAAAGCCCUUUAUGCUGCAUGUCCUUUCUCGGCCCCCGGUCCGGAUCCUGGCGUUGCUGAUGGCCGUUUGGCUGGUCGUGCAUGUUCCGGCGUGGCCCUAUGACGCGGAACUUCCUUGGUGGCCUUGGCCGGUGGAACCUACCUUCCGGGUGAACCUGAUCCGCGCCACCGUGGCCUUUGGGCACGCGCUGGCGGCUGUGGUGACCCUGGCUGUGGCAGUUGGACCGACACUCGGAGACAAAGAACAGUUGGCCGCUGCAGAGGACGGCGCCUGA